GGCUCACCUGCGCUCAGUCCUGGGGCUUCCACUGGAGCUCAGCUCCGGCUCCUCUCCUCCUCUUUCCCUCGGUUAGGCGCGCAGUUCAGUGACUCUUUGGACGCUGCAGGUUCGGGAUCCGGGAUCCCGGGUCCCGAGUCUGGGGUCCGAGGAUUCCAGUCCGAGGAUGUGAGGACCACUCUCCAUACAUACUUGCCUAUGUUGCAUCAAGUACAAUACCUGGAGAAGAGUAGAUAAUCUAUCAAUCAUUGAAAAAGACAAUAACUGGUUCUGCCAAUUUUAUUAAAAACUGCCAUUUAAAGGAACCAGAGGAAAGGGCAUUUGAUAUAAUAUUUAAUAUUUGCCAGUUCAGAUUGAAAACACAGCAGCAACCAGAAUGGAAGAAUGCACAGUGUUUUUAGAGACAUUAUCACAGUUCAUUUUGGAACAAAUGCCAAAAGCUGACUAUUCCAGUUUAUUCAAUGAUUUUGUUGAAUCUGAAUUUUUUCUUAUUGAUGGAGAUUCAUUACUUAUCACAUGUAUAUGUGAGAAACCAUUAAAGCCGGGACAGAAUCUCCAUUUCUUCUACCUGGUGGAACGCUAUCUUGUGGAUCUUAAUAGUAAAGGAGGGCAUUUUGCCAUAGUUUUCUUCAAGGAUGCUCAGUUUGCAUAUGUCAACUUCCCUGAACUUCUUUCUUUGAGGACUGCUUUAAUUCUUCAUCUUCAGAAAAAUACCACCAUCAAUGUUUGCACUAAAUUUUCUCGAUGCUUAUCAAAAGAGUGGAACAUUUUCUUGGAAGAGAAUUGCCCAUAUUUCCUGGUAGUCGCAGAUGAAGGCCUGAACCAUCUGCAAACACAUCUUCUCAACCUUCUCAUCAUUCAAUCUUGGUCCAUGGAGGUCAAUGUUGUGCUUUUCUCAGGCCAAUCAUCGGAUAUUCUCCGACUUUAUGCAUACUUUAUGCCAAGCAAUUAUAUGAACCGAAAGUUUUUCAAGGAGAAUGCAGGGAAGAUUGUCAAUACUUACAAAACCCUGCUUGAACAGUUGAAAGAAUGCAGAGUUUUAGCCUUAGAACCUCUUUUGGGAAAUUUAAAAUGGAAAAAUAUGAUGGAAGAGGCCGGUGAGACUCUAUUUCUGCUUAAGCAAGUCUGGCCAGAAGGAUCUGACAUUCGAAGUGUCCUUUGUGUUACUUCAUGUUCGUGGUCUUUGGGAAUGUAUCAUCGCUUUUUAGAAAACAGAAAGAAGACCUCCUCUGGUCAGAUAGGUGACAAUCAACAGGUGAAAGGUCAUUGCUUAACCCUGCAGGAGCUGGAAGAUUUGUGUAGACUGCAUUGUCUCAGUGUGGUGUUUCUUCUCCACUUGCCUCUUUCUCAAAGAGCAUGUUCCAGAUUCAUUACUUCCCAUUGGAUUAAAGACAUUCAGCCUUUCUUUAAAAUGAAAAGUUGGUGUGAAUAUUUCAUCCUCAGUAAUCUAAACAUUUUCAAAUCUUGGAAUCUGAAUUUAACUCACCUUUCUGACCUAAGUGAUGGGCCUUUGUUGAAGAAUAUUGCUUUUUAUUAUGAAACUGAAAAUGUAAAAGGCCUACAUUUGAAUUUGGGAAAUACCAUCAUGAGGGAUUAUGAACAUCUCUGGAACACUGUAUCAAAGUUGGUAAGACAGUUUGAUGUGGGAAAGUCAUUUCCUUUGAGAACAACAAAACUUCAGUUUCUUAGAAAGAAUCCAUCACCAAUCAAAGAUAGCUCUAAUGAGAAGAUGCCUAAUUUGGGCUUUAUUCCAGUGUCAUCUAGUGUGAUCAAUAAGUUUACUGGAGACAUUCUGAAAGACUUUCCUUUCCUAAAGAGUGACGAUCCCAUUGUUACUUCCCUUGUGAAACAAAAGGAAUUUGAUGAACUUGUGCAUUGGCAUUCUCACAGACCUCUUAGUGACCAUUAUGACAGGACGAAGCAGCCUUAUUAUGAAAACUCUAGAGACCCGUAUGCUCUUAAAUCCUUGCAAAAGUAUCAACGUUUUCAACGCUUUUAUGGGAAUUCAUUAGAAUCAGUCUCUUCAAAACUCAUCAUAACUCAAGGUAUUAAGUCAAAGAAGGAUUGUCAUGAGCCCAAGAGCAAAAAGACACAUGAGACCAAGGCUGAAAUAAUUACUAGAGAGAAUAAGAAGAGGUUAUUUGAAAAGGAAGAACAAAAAGAAGAGCAAAAAUGGAAUGCUCUGUCGUUUUCCAUUGAAAAAACAUUGAAAGAGAAUUUAAUCUCUGGAAUAAAGAACCUGGAAGAUUUUCUGAAAUCCUGUAAAAGUAACUCGGUGAAAGUUCGAGUUGAAAUGUUGGGGUUAACUGCCUGCUUGAAAGCAUGGAAGGAACAUUGCCGAGGGGAAGGUGAAACCACCAAAGAUUUGGAGAUAGCCAUUCAAAUGAUGAAAAGGAUCCACUCCUUGAUGGAAAAGUACUCAGAGCUUUUACAAGAAGUUGAUCGGCAACUCAUAGCCAGAUGCCUUAGGUACUUAGGAUUUGGCCAGUUGGCACAUUCCUUAUAUCCAACCCAGGAUGUGGUAGAUGACAUAAAGGAGAAGAAAAAUAAUAAAUAUUCAAUUGGCAUUGGGCCAGCUCGGUUUCAACUACAAUACAUGGGCCAUCAUUUGAUACGAGAAGAAAGAAAAGAUCCAGAUCCAAGGGUCCAGGAUUUUAUUCCUGACACAUGGCAGCGCGAGCUCCUGGAUGUGGUGGAUAAAUAUGAGUCAGCGGUGAUCGUUGCCCCAACAUCCUCGGGCAAAACCUACAUUUCCUACUACUGCAUGGAGAAAGUGCUGAAGGAGAGCGACGAAGGGGUGGUCGUGUAUGUUGCACCAACGAAGGCCCUUGUUAAUCAAGUGGCAGCAACUGUUCAAUAUCGCUACACCAAAAAUCUGCCCAGUGGUUUAGUUCUAUGCGGUGUUUUUACACGGGACUAUCGUCAUAAUGCCCUGAACUGUCAGGUACUUGUUACAGUUCCUGCCUGCCUUGAAAUCCUUCUGCUAUCUCCUCAUCGCCAAAACUGGGUAAAAAGGAUCAAAUAUGUAAUAUUUGAUGAGGUCCAUUGUCUUGGUGGAGAAAUUGGAGCAGAAAUCUGGGAGCAUCUCCUUGUCAUGAUCCGAUGUCCUUUUUUGGCUCUUUCAGCUACCAUAAGUAACCCCGAACAUCUCACUGAGUGGUUACAAUCAGUAAAACAGUACUGGAAAGAAGAAGACGAUAUAAUGGCAAGAAGAAUUGCUUCUAAGAAAAAUGCCAAAGUUCCCAAAGACUACUUGCAAGCCAGACAGUCAUAUAAAGUUAGACUUGUGCUCUAUGGAGAGAGAUACAAUGAUUUAGAGAAGUAUGUAUGUUCAGUAAGACACGGUGUCAUUUGUUUUGAUCAUUUUCACCCAUGUGCUGCGCUAACAACAGAUCAUAUUGAAAGAUGUGGAUUUCCUUCUGAUCUCACCUUUUCACCUCGAGAAAGCAUACAACUUUAUGACACCAUGCUUCAAACCUGGGAAAACUGGCCCAAUGCCCAGAAACUGUGUCCAGAGAAUUUCAUUCAUUUUAAGAAUAAAUUAGUCAUUAAAAAGUUGGAUGCUAGAAAAUAUGAAGAGAGCUUAAAGGCAGAAUUAACAAGUUGGAUUAAAGAUGGCAAUGAAGAAAAGGCCAGAAUGGUACUGAAGAAACUGAGUCCUCAUUCGAGCCAUUAUUCAGGAAAUAUGCUACAGCUGUUUCCUCUUCUUGUUGAGAAGCUAAAGGAAAUGGGGAAGUUGCCUGCUCUGUUCUUUUUAUUCAAUAUAGGAAAUGUAGAAUACAGUGCUCAGAAUUUGAUGGAUUUCCUGGAGGAAAAGCAGGAGAUGAAAAGGCCCCCCAAAGCUGAUAAGGAAGCCCACAUCAUGGCUAGCAAACUUCGAAAAGUUAAAAAGUCCUUGGAGAAACAAAAGAUAAUAGACGAAAAAAGCCAUAAAAAGCCCAGAAACUUAGAUAAAACCUUCAUACAUGAAGCUGAACAUGAUCAUCUACUGAAGAGCCUGGAGAAGAACCUGGAAAUGCCUCAGGAUUGCACGUAUGCUGAUCAAAAAGCGAUGGACGCCGAGUCAUUGCAAAUGGUGUUUCAUCGAGUAAGAUAUGAAAGAAAAGGACCAGAACUGAAAGCUUUGGCAGAAAGGGGCAUUGGAUAUCACCACAGAGCCAUGACUAACAAAGAAAAACAAUUGGUUGAAAUUCUCUUCAGGAAAGGAUUUAUUAGGGUGGUAACAGCUACUGGAACACUUGCUUUAGGAAUCAACAUGCCUUGUAAAUCUGUGGUUUUUGCACAAAACUCAGUCUAUCUGGAUGCCUUAAAUUACAGACAGAUGUCUGGUCGUGCUGGAAGACGAGGUCAGGAUCUGCUUGGAGAUGUGUAUUUUUUUAAUAUUCCAUUCCCCAAAAUAGGAAAACUCAUGAAAUCCGAAGUUCCUGAGUUGAGAGGACAGUUCCCUCUCAGCAUAAGCCUAAUUCUGCGACUCUUGCUGCUGGCUUCCAAGGGGGAUGACCCAGAGGAUGGCCAGGCAAAGGUGCUGUCAGUGCUAAAGCACUCAUUGCUGUCAUUCAAACGACCCAAAGCCACGGAGAUGUUAAAACUCUACUUCUUGUUUUCUUUGCAGUUGCUGGUAAAAGAGGGGUAUAUAGAUCAAGAGGGCAAUCCUAUGGGGUUUGCUGGACUGGUAUCACAUUUACAUUAUCAUGAACCUUCUAAUCUUGUUUUUGUCAAUUUUCUUGUGAGAGGUCUUUUCCAUAAUCUUUGUCAGCCAACUCACAAAGGCUCAAAACAUUUUUCUCAAGAUGUUAUGGAAAAACUAGUAUUAGUAUUGGCAAAUCUCUUUGGAAGAACAUAUCUUCCAGCAAAGUUCCAAGAUGCGAACUUGGAGUUUUAUCAAUCAAAGGUGUUCCUGGAUGAUCUUCCUAAAGAUUUCGGUGCUGCUUUAGAUGAGUAUAACAUGCAAGUUACGAAGGACUUUGCCUGUUUUCUACUAAUCGUGUCCAAAUUGGCAGAUAUGAAGCAGGAAUAUCAACUCCCAUUGUCAAAGAUUAGCUUCACAGGUAAAGAAUGUGAAGACUCCCAACUCGUGUCUCACCUGAUGAACUGCAAAGAAGGAAGAACAGCGAUUUCGCCAUUUGUUUGUCUCUCUGGGAAUUUUAAUGAUGUUUUACUUGAACCAGGAACUCCAAGUCAUGUUGUCCUGCACACAAUUGGUCUCAAUCACAUUGAAGCACCUGUGCUGUGGCCACAACACUUCGACAGCCAAGGAAGAAGAAUGCCCCUCAAUGCUUAUGCACUUGAUUUCUACAAGCAUGGUUCCUUGGUAGGAUUAACUCAGGACAAUAGGCUACAUGAAGGGGACGCUUACCAGUUGCUGAAAGAUUUUGCACUCACCAUUAAAUCUAUCAGUGUUUCCUUGAGGGAACUAUGUGAAAAUGAAGACGACAAUGUUGUUUUAGCAUUUGAACAACUGAGUGAAACCUUUAUGGAGAAAUUUGCACAAGUCUGAAAACAAAGUCUAUGCAAAAACCACUUUAAAAUACUGCCAUAGAAAUUUCGUGGGUCGUGUUUUUUAUUCCUGUAUUCUUUGUCAGAAAAAUAUACAUGACAAAACGAAGAGCUCAAGCACAAGUCAAAGAGAAGCAGUCAAGUCUGCCAUCUUUUAUCACCUGCGCCCUUGGACAAAUUAUUUAGUAAAUCUGAAUCUCAGUUUCUUUUUGUAGUUGCUUAUGUCUCAGGUAUGUUGAGGACUGACUGACAAUGUGCAGAACUUUGUGUGGGAAUGAAGAACGAUUUACUGUGAGACCAAAAAAUAUUACAUUUAAAGUAUUUUUCUCCCCACCACCGUCAAGAUUUGUAAAAAGUUUCUAAGGCUUAAAAAAAAUGACUGCAGUAUCCUAAAAGUGAAAUAUAUUCUUACCAAUUAAUGUAAGUGGUACUACCUGAUUUAGACAUAUAGCUAUUGAAAUACUACAUUCUAGUAAGUGAACUACUUUUAAAAAUACAAAUGACAGUUUUGGUACAAAUUUUGUGAUGCUUUAAAAAGAAAACAUAGCUAAAGAUUUUAUUAUAUUAAUUGUAUAUACAUGACUGGAAAACCAAAAAUAAAAUAAA